AGCUCUUUCUCACUUGGGGAGAUCUCCAGCUGCCUUCACUCAGCCUCCUGCUGGAGGAGAGUCUGAGAAAUGGGCAUGUAUCUGUCUGAUGGAUCUGAAGAAGGAUCUGGGGCUGCUGGAGCUGGACUGUGUGGACUGUGUGAGAGACUGUGAGCUGCUGACUUUUUGUGUCUGUGUUUUUGUGUGGGACUCUGAGGAAUGUGCUGAUCUCUACACACUCUACUCUGGACUCUAUGCUGGACCUCACCAACCCCUGCCAUGGACAUGCUUUGGACAUACCUUGGGCAAGCACACGUUGAAUUUGGGUGUGAAUAGGUGUGGGAUUGUGAGCAGAGCAUUCUGGGCUAAGUUCUGGGAUGUGCUAUGACGACAGGAGCAGAACAUACAGGGGAAAAAGGAACCGGCAGUAUAUGUCAAUUGCGGUUCAGCACAUGCUCACUGCACCAUAUUCCUGAUGUAAUAUGGCUACGUCAUACGUAAUUUCACAGUUGUCACAGUGAGGGAACGACCUUCAGGUGAGAAGCUUCAGUCUUCAGGCUUGCGGCACUGUGGACAACCAUUAGUUCUGCUUCAUUCACACCAAGGACGAACAUUGAGUGAGCGGAUUCUUCUGUUUCUUACCGGUAGAUCUUUGCGAACUGACUGCAGCACCAUAGCACGCAGCAAUCGUCACCAAGAAGACCAGUGGAGCCUGUGCUGAGGAAUUAUCUGCGGCGAAGACCUGCGCCGGACUGAUAGGGAGCCGCAGAGCGAGGAAUUGGAGGGCCACCGCAAGGUGAGAGUCGGUCGAGGGGAAGGGGAGCUGGAGGCUGGACUCCCGCAAUGCCUUCGUCCACCAUGCAGAUGCUCGCCUUCAUCCUGGCGUUGCUGGGGGUCCUGGGUGCCACCGUGGCCACUCUGCUCCCCAACUGGAAGGUGAGCGCAGACGUGGGCUCCAACAUUAUGACGGCGAUCUCGCAGAUGCAAGGGCUUUGGAUGGACUGCACGUGGUACAGUACUGGAGUGUUCAGCUGUACGCUCAAGUACUCUGUGCUAGCCUUGCCUGCUUAUCUCCAGACCGCACGCACCACGAUGGUCCUCUCUUGCAUGCUGGCCACUUUUGGACUCUGUCUGGCUGCCUUGGGGCUAAAAUGUACCCACUGGGGUGGCAGCCACCGCUCCAAAGGACACACAGCCAUAGCUGCAGGGGCUUGCUUCGUCAUUGCUGGAGUCUUGUGCCUUGUUCCUGCAUCCUGGUUCACCAACGAGGUCAUCACCACCUUCUUGGACUCUAAGGUUCCUAAGAGCAGCAAAUACGAGCCAGGGGGAGCUGUUUAUGUUGCAUUUGUUUCAGCAGGGUUCUUCUUAGCCGGAGGUGUGAUCUUCUGCUUGUCGUGCCCACGAAGAAGAAACGGUCCAUUGGAUUCUGUCUCGUCCCACCCCGACAAGCUAUUACACCAGCAGCAUGAGCAGAUAGCCAACGACCGGGACAAACAAAAGCAGCGGCGAGAACAGCAAAGCCAGACAGAGCCACAGGAGCAACAACACAAAGAGAAAACUGCACACCAGGACAAGCUCCAGGUGGACGGACUGCAGCCGGACCAGCCCAAGCCAGAGAAGCCUCAACCGGAGCAGGAGCAGCAGCAGCAGUACUACUCGCCGUCCAGAAACAGUCCAAGAAACAGUCCAAGAAACAGUCCAAGAAACAGAGCCCAAGACGUCAAGGCCGUCUACAGCUUGCAGGACUAUGUGUGAUGACCCAAAGGCAGGUAAAACCCACGGAAAAUGGAUGCUGUGGCAGGGCUGUCUCUCUUUGUGAGGAGGAGAAAAAUAAGCAGCAGGAGCAGCAGGAGAAGGAGGAGGAGGAGUAAUGACUUUGACUGUGUUAUCUCCCCCUCUCAUCAGUUCUUUUGCCUACUGCAAGCAUAAGCUGGGGGUAGCUCCGCCGCCUUGGAUCAGGAAAGAACCGGGUAUCCUCGGGCAAAAGCACAGAAAACGCUCAGUGCUGCAGUGAGCAUUAAAAGAGAAUACGAAAGAGAGAGAGAGAAAAUGAGGCUAUUCUGCACAAAUGCAGCAAAUUUUAAAAGUUCUAAGGAACGCUGCUUUUUGGUUGUUAGAAGAGAGGCUGUUACUUACCAAAGGUUUGAACUCUGCAUGAAAAUAGCUGCCCAACAUUCAGCUGGAAAACAAAAUAAAACUUCACAUUUUUGCAUUGAUCACAUUUAGAAUUCAGUUUAGUACCAUUCUGCCUGUGCUUGCUUGCUCUAGCUUGUGAAUAAUACAACAAAAUGCUUAGUAAAUACAAGAACAACACAGGCAAUUUAAGCUUUAAACUCAGGCCUAAGGGCAUGCUUCACACCGUUUGAAAAACAGUGCAUACAGAAUAAUAAAGUGCACAAAAUCAUAAUUUCCAUGAAAAGAACACACAAUGUCCAGUCCAUAUUUUCCAAAGAGGCAGACAAAGCAGCACAGAUCAUCUGAGGUAAUUACGCUCUUUGCUUUCCCAUUAGGUUUCGCUCCGGAUGGGUGCACACUGCUCAUUUAUUGCUAGCAAACGCAGAUGCGUAUGUGUGUGUGAGAGAGUGCACAUACACACACACACACACAAGCAUUUUCUACCCUCCCUCCCACUCUUGCUGCGAGGGUAAUAGGGUCUUGCACCCAAUCAUCUUUACUGUGUGUGACUGCCUGUCAUUGCUGCAGCUACCGCACUAGACACUGUUCUGGGGCCAGCGGGACGCUGUUUUGUCCCUCAUGAACGGAACAGGACAGAGGAGACCCGUGUCCCAUCAGGCGAAAGCCUCAGGAGAGACAGGCCUCCCUGCUGGCCAGCAACUGGACCCCUCACAGACUCAGCAGAACCAUUUUGUGGCCAUUUACUGACAGCCAUUUCAAACGAGUCACGGUUUACAGAGAAAAAGAAUGUAUUUUCAUCACUUCACCUUCACAGGGACAAUGAAUCUUUCAUCUCUGCUUGUCUGCACUACUCAUGCUGCUCUUAAAGUAAUGGUUUGGCUAAGAAUUGAAUUGACAAUUUCCUGGGGUCGUAUAUAAACAGUAGAUGACUUACAAUGAUGACAUGUUGGUUGUCUGCAGUUUGCAUCUUUAGUUUUCCACUGGAGCUUUAAUUCUAGGGUAGCUAACAGAUAAUGAGCAUCUGCAACACACAGUUAUCUAUACAAUUUACAAAAAAUAUGGACAACAUUAAGGCUUCAUAUACUGUACUGUUAAAAUAUUUCAAUUUCCAACUGUUUAUACAUUUCAUUAAUGGUAAGGACAAACCUAUUCUUACACAAUGAACCAUUGUCUUUACUGUUUUCUUUAUGUGUUAUGUGUUCUUUCUUAUGCCAUUUCUUAUACUCACAUACUCAAUACAUCACUAUAACAGUUAAUGGAUUAAAAGCUCUGACACAGGGCUUAAAAUAGGGAUGAGAUUUAUUUUUUUCCCAAAACUUCCUUACAUUUGCUGUUUUCUACAAAAUAUCGCACUCCACAUUUAUUUGAAUAAUCUAGCCAGGGAUGUACGAUCUAAGUAGGGCCGUCCCAUAUGCAAAAAAUAUUGCAUCAUGAUAUUUAAAGACAUUUUCAUGAUGCACAAUAUGUAUCAUGACACACUGGCAUACAGACAAAAUGCAUCAGUAGAUGCAUCAGAUUCUCAAAUUUAAAAUCUCUAUUCAGACACACUACCUCAUGUAGUAUAAUGAUAUUUAUUUGAAAUGUGCAUUCAGUUAAACUGCACUAAUUAUAAUAUUUGUAAAGAAAGUGUAAGUAAGUGUAGCUGUCAGAAAAUUCGCCAGUGUUAAAUCACCACUGUUAGUAUUAAAAUUUACACUCUCAGUGUUCAUUUAACAUUUAAUAAAACAGUGUUGAUUAAAUACUGGAGAAUUUACUGUGUUGGCAAUGAUGAGGUCAACAAAAUAUUAGUAUUUUUUGUAUCACAAUAACAAAAUGUUAUGUAUUCAUCACUGCCAGAAAUCUCAUUAGAAAUCACAGACACAGCGCAGACACAGAUAGUGUAAGCUUAUAACAGUCUGACUAAAUUAGACCACAUUUUAUAUGAAGACUAAAUCUCAAUCAAAAGGAUCAAUACUACACAAUGCUUCAAUAACGCAAAAAUAAAGAAGCAAACUUCAGAGACCAAUCAUGUCCUGCCUGACUGACACCAUUUGUGGAAAGUGUUCAUUUGUUUUUUAGUCAAACCAUCGUAUAAACAGUCUACAGGGAUGGCAAUAAUGCUGUUUCUUUACUUGUCUUGCAUCUGGACACAGAUUCAUUCAGAAAAUAGUUUUACUAAAAAUAUUUGUUUUCAACACCAUCGACCACGAGACGUUGCAGCCAAAGAUGGACAUCCUCUGCUAUAUAUAUCACUAAAACCUUCAUGAAAUUUUAAGAAGAGACGAUUGUUCAGAAAACUUAAAAGCACUGUGUCCUGCCUCCUUUCUCUCUACUUGUAUGCUUAAAAUAAAAUACUGCUAAGCUGCUAAAGGCAAAACCCCAAGCAUUCAUAAAUUACAUUACAUUUUAAUAGCAGCUGAUGUUUUAUUAAAGCUGUUCUUAUGCUUGAACUCUGAAUGAUCAUUCCAUCACAAAUCAGGGAAUACAUACAAUGAUGAAAGCGAUGAUCUGAAUUUGUGUAAUUCAAAUGUUUCUGCAACUUUCUAAUAUAAAGAUUAUAAGACAUGUUAUACUGUUUUGCCUUUUAUUGACUUUCUCUUGACAGUGACUGUAACAUACUGUAUUCAUGUGGAAAUGGUAAAUAUAUCUAAAUCUUAUUACUUCUAUCACUGAUAUUGUAUGAAGAAAAUCAGCCAUAACAUUAAAGCCAACUCCAAAAUAAUAGUUCAUUUUAACAGUCAUGGAUAACGUACACUCAAAUUAUAUACAGCAAAAAAAUAUAUACCACCAAUAUUUAUUAUUUUAAAAUUACCAGUUACUUCACAGUGCUUAUUUUAAUUUACAUUUACAAUUACUGUUGUAAUUUUUUUUUUGGAAUCAGGAAAUAAGUUAGCUUUUCCACACAUCAGUUACAAAUUUAUCCUGAGUAAAAUGGUGGCUCAACAGUGAACACCCUUAACCAACUUCCAGCCCAACACCACAACUAAAUCCCAGUAAUAUAAAUAAACAAAUUUAACACACAGACAACCCCCCACAAACAAUCUAAUGCCCCCGAAUAACCUCCAACAGAAAAGAAAGGUGGCCACAGAGCAUGCUGGGAGCAUUCUUGAUGGGUUUUCUGUCCUAUUUUCUACCCAAUUUGGAAGGCCAAUUACUCAUUUCACUCAAUAGGGCCCCCCUCAUUACUAAUGCUCCCAACAAUAGCAGGGUAAAGAUUAGCGAAUGCCUCCUCCAACAUGUUAGGCCAAGCUGAUGCAGCAUUACUGGGUAGCCAAUGUUUAUAAAAAUAAAGGUGCUGUAACCCAGUUCUCAUACAUCAGCUGUCCAACAUCACCUUUACAGUAAUGUGGGGAGAGAAUGCCAUUUACCCACACAGAGAGAGGCAGCAGCAUGAUCCAAGAUUCAAACCUACGAUCCUUAGAUCAUUGAGAGAGCACCUUACUCCACUGGACCACUCUGAGUGCCCGUUUAUGAUGUUUUAACAAAUAAAACAUCUGUGGAUGUUAAGACAACUUCCUGGGGGGAAAAAAUUAUACUGUGACUUAAGUUAUCACUAUGAAUUCUACUGUGUAGGUACUGACCACUACAUACCAGAAAAUCCUACAGGCCAUUCUAGAACUCUUCUGACAAAGUCUUUUGGCCUAAUUUCACCUCUUAUAGGAUUUAAUGUUAUGGCUGACUUGUGUAACAGUGUACAAGGUUCUUGCGGGAAAAAGAAAAUAUACAGCUCUGGAAAAAAAUAAGAGACCGCUUAAUGAUGAAGUUUUUCCUUGAUUUUACCAAAUUGAAAACCUCUGGAAUAUAAUUAAGAGGAAGAUGGAUGAUCACAAGCCAUCAAACCAAACUGAACUGCUUGAAUUUUUGCACCGGGAGUGGCAUAAAGUUAUUGUGUAAGACUGGUUGGGGAGAACAUGCUAAGAUGCAUUAAAACUGUGAUUAUAAACAGGGUUAUUCCACUAAAUGUUUUCUUUGCAUUAUUUGAUACUUUGCAUCUUUUUUGUUAAAAAACUAUUUUUAAUUUUCCGCAAAUAAAUGCUCUAAAUGACAAUAUUUUUAUUUGGAAUUUGGGAGAAUCAGAGAAACUGAUUCAGAAACUGAGGUGCUCUCUUAUUUAUUAUCUUUUUUCUUCUUAUGUACAGUACAAUGCAAGGGUUUGGGGACCUUUGGUCAAAUUACAUGCAAACGUAAAAUACUGGUACAUAUCCCCUACACUGCUCAUUUAAAUUCACACAAUGACUGUUUUGCUGUAUGCUAUUAUGUUACUACCUGAGCACACUUUUUCAGUUUCAUAUGUGCCAAACAAAACAAAACUAAAGCACCCUGAAGACAGUCUUCAACCGAACUUCUUAUUCCCAUGACAAUCAGGAACCAUCUAGGAUGCUAAUAAGGAAAAACUUUCGAACGAACCAGGCUAAAAAGAGGGAUCCCAUUCUAUUUGAGGCAACACCAGGAGAAAUGGAGAACAGAGUUAGAGAUUACACUAUGAAGAUGAUGUGAGUCUUUAAUAAUGAUUAAGAGGAUUAGGUGGAUUUAGUCAACUGCUUAAAAAGGUAAUACAUUUGUAAUAUAAUCAAGAAUAGUGUGUAGAAUAAGCAGUACAGUAUUUGGAGAUUCUAUUAACUAUUCUUUCCUAACGUCAAAUAAAUAAAUAAAUA